AAUUUGAAGCUUAUAGAAUUUUGGGUUACAUAACACAAACACAACACAAAAUCUCCCUUUUUCUCUCUUCAUCUCUCUCUCUCUCUCUCUCUCUGUAUGUGGCAGCAAUAUUGCGUUUUUGGCAUCCUCUCAUCAGAAUCUCAUUUUCCGAGGUCCAAUUAUACUUAUCCUUGCUUUAGCUAUGAUUCGGUUUAGGUUAUUUUCGAAGAGGACCUUGAGCAGGCCAAUCCAUGUCUUCCAUUAAAGGUUCUGCAGAAGGGCUUAAAACUGACGGGGUUCAGGGUCAAGGGUCGGAGGUUCUCAGCAGGCACAAUUUUGAAACAGUGUUGGCUCAGAGAAAUUUCAAAAGCAAUGAUGCACUCAAUCAUGUGCAGGACCUUGAUAUUAUGGAACUUCGUGCCCGAGCUAGGGCUCAGGAGGAGGAGAUCCUCUCCCUUAGGGAACAAGUUGCUGUUGCCUGUAUGAAGGAGCUGCAGCUGUUGAAUGAGAAAUGCAAACUAGAGAGGCAAUUCUCUGAACUAAGAAUGGCCGUUGAUGACAAGCAAAAUGAAGCCAUCACAGCUGCAUCUAAUGAGUUGGCCAAAAGAAAAAGCGAUCUUGAAGAAAAUUUAAAACUUUCACAUGAUUUAAAAGCUGUGGAGGAUGAGAGAUAUGUCUUCAUGUCGUCCAUGCUGGGGUUGCUGGCAGAAUAUGGUAUAUGGCCUCGUGUUACGAAUGCUGCUGCAAUAUCUAACAGCAUUAGGAAUUUACAUGAUCAAUUACAAUGGAGGAUUCGGAGUUCACAUGAUAGAAUUGGGGAGUUAAAUUCAGUGAUUGAAAACCAUGCUGAUAAUAGCAAUCCUGUUGUGGAAAGUCCAUUUGCUGGAAACCUGACCAGUCAUAUUCAUCAUAAAGUCAUGCGUAACAACACCCAGCGAAAUUCUUUUGGGAAUGAACAAAGUGCUCAACCAGUUGGCAAAGUGCCGGGAUAUAUGCAACCAGUUCCUAAUGGUGAUGCAAACUUGCCUUUAAAUAGGUUCAACUAUCAGGAGAAUCCCGUGGUUUCUAGGGAGGUAUCUCCUUUUCCAUAUACUUCACCUCCAAUGGAUAGAAUCGGAGAAAGAUCCCGAGAAGUUGCACUUAUCAAUGGCAAGUUUUCUCAACCUACACCUGACCAUGAAGAAACUGCUUCCUCUGUUUCUGAAGAUGGUCCUGGAAUUGAGAAUUUUCAAAUUAUCGGCGAUGCUGUACCUGGAGAAAAACUUCUUGGAUGUGGAUAUCCAGUCCGUGGAACUACUCUUUGUAUGUUUCAGUGGGUUAGGCAUCUCCAGGAUGGCACUAGGCAUUACAUUGAAGGAGCCACUAAUCCAGAAUAUAUAGUUACAGCUGAUGAUGUUGAUAAACUGAUAGCUGUUGAGUGCAUUCCUAUGGAUGAUAGAGGCCGCCAGGGGGAACUAGUGAGGCUUUUUGCUAAUGAUCAGAGCAAAAUCAGAUGUGAUCCAGAAAUGCAACAAGAGAUUGAUACACAUCUGUCUAAAGGAGAAGCAUCGUUCAUUGUUUCUCUUUUGACGGAAUCUUCUGAAAAUUUUGAACCAGCAACCCUGUUCUUAAGACGAUCAGGAUACCAAAUUAUAAUUAAUGAUACUGAAGCUAUGGUCGUUUCUGAGAAAUUCUCAAAGGAUUUAUCGAUUAAAGUUCCGCAUGGUCACACAAAAGAGUUUGUGUUAACAUGCGCAAAUGGAUCUUCUCAUAUUCUAAGCACUUACAAUGUCCGAAUGCGUGACACAAUUGUAUUAACCAUGCGAUUCUACCAGAGUGUAGUGAUGCAAGAAAAUUGGUAUACAAAUAGUGAAUUCAUGCGUUGGAUGAAAAGAGGAAAGGAAGAGUGUGACCUGUGAUUACUCCCGCCAAUCUUGCACUUUUGUGUAAGAUAAUACAAAAUACCAAACAAGUAAAGAAAACUUUACAGUCUCAUUUAAUUAUUGAUUUAUUAUUAGCCUGUUGUAAAAGCACCAAUAGUGUAUUGAAACCAUAUUUGUAACCUGUAAUUGUAGAAAUAAAAUGUGUACCUAACUGAAAAUGUUAGGUUACAUUUUUGUUGUGUUUACAGUGUAUGUGUAAUAAAAUAUCAUUAUCAAUU